UUGAUAAAAAAUGUGUCAAUCCUAAAACAUACUUCACUAUUCUCUAGUUAUUCGGGGCUCAAUAGCUAAAUGGAUAACAAAUGCACCCGUUGUGACACUUGUGCAAAAAAGGUCUGGUAAGCGCCACACCAUUCAAAUUCCGAGGUUUGGGUGCACGUGACUUACUUUGAUUUCCGACCUACUCUUAAUUUUCAACGAUGAAAAAAAAACAUCUCGAGAAUGUAGAACUAGGGGGUUGAAUCACACUCUCGACAUCUUCAAUUGACCAUCAAUGCUAGUGUGAUUUUUGCAAACUUCUUACAUUGAUAAUAGUUUGACCUAGUCUAUCAGGAUUACCAGGCGUAUUCAAUGAAAUUUGCAUAAAAAUACCCCUUCACGUGGGUGUUAUGAAUUAGAGAACUACCAAUCCGAUAAAAUGAAGACUACAGGUUCUCAUAGGAGCUCCCAUGUGCAAGGUGGUAUCAUUAUGUGAAAUAGAGGUGGAAAUACAACAUCUGGAGUUGAAAUUGGUGUUGCAGUGUUACUUUUUGGAAAGUUAUGGCAAAAACAUGGAUGUGGUGAAAGUGAAAAUUUUGGUUAAUUUUGUUGAUAUUUUUGAAACCGAGAAAGAUUUUGAAGGGAUUCAAAGGGAUUUAGGGAGCUAAGCACAUGGAUUUUCCAUAUUCAAUUCAAUUUCUCUGAUACAAGAUACUUUACUAACAAGUUUUCGGUCAAGAAGGGGGUCAAGUGGUGAAAAGGGGGUUUUCAAACCCGAUAAAAUGCAACUCAGAGCCAUAACUAGCCAACCAAAUGAGAAACUAAGAGCUUUAUUGGAUUCUACAGGUCGGAAUA